ACGGGCGGAGCAGCAGACACACAGGGCGGAGGCGCAGUCUGCACCAUGGCGUAUCCCGGGCACCCUGGCGCCGGCGGAGGGUACUACCCAGGCGGGUAUGGAGGGGCUCCUGGCGGGCCCACGUUCCCUGGACAAACUCAGGAUCCACUAUAUGGCUACUUUGCGGCGGUGGCUGGACAGGAUGGACAAAUUGAUGCUGACGAGUUGCAGAGAUGUCUAACGCAGUCUGGCAUUGCAGGAGGAUACAAACCUUUUAACCUGGAGACUUGUCGCCUUAUGGUUUCAAUGUUGGAUAGAGAUAUGUCCGGCACAAUGGGGUUCAAUGAAUUCAAAGAGCUCUGGGCCGUGCUGAAUGGCUGGAGACAACACUUCAUCAGUUUCGAUAGCGACCGGAGUGGAACAGUGGAUCCCCAGGAGCUGCAGAAGGCCCUGACCACGAUGGGAUUCAGGUUGAGCCCCCAAACUGUGAAUUCAGUUGCAAAGCGAUAUAGCACCAGCGGGAAGAUCACCUUUGAUGACUACAUCGCCUGUUGCGUCAAACUGAGGGCCCUCACAGACAGCUUUCGCAGACGAGAUUCUGGUCAACAAGGAGUUGUGAAUUUCUCGUAUGAUGAUUUCAUCCAGUGUGUCAUGACCGUCUAACUCAGGAGGAAGCUGUCUGAAUAUAUUCAACAUUCCAACUGGAGCUUGCCCUUGCUUCCUCUCUGCCUUCAGUGCUGUGUGCAGAUUCCACCAACAGACACUCCCUGACAACCGUUGAAUGGGAUUAUGACUUUAUAUAGAACCACAGCUUCAUUUUUAAUUUUGAUAAUAAAUUCCUUCCAAGUUUAAUAAUCUAAAGACAAGUCUUGUUAUACCAGUCAGAACCUCCUGAGCCAUUAUCAAUCAUGCCUUCCCCGCCCCCCCCCCAACCCUCUUUUAUAUAAACAACUAUGGAAAAUGUUUAAAACAUAUUAUAUAUUUUCUUGUGAUAUAUGAAAUAUUUCCAUCAGACUUAGCUCUUAUCUUUCCCUGAGGAAUGUGGUUAAAAGUUUGUGUGGGGUAUUCUUAAGUGACUUAGAUCCACAGGGUUCAGAACAAACCACUGAACCUGGCAAUCCACAUACUAGAAAGUUCAAGCUUUAGGACUUACUGCUUGGAGGCCUUUAUGCGCAGCAGGAGAUAUUGAAUGGUUACUGUCUGCCUCCUAAAAGCCUAUUUUAGGAGGUCAUUUGAUCAUUUGAGUGGCACAUAUUGUCACCAAGUUCUUCUUUGUCAUUCACGCGAAACUUUUGUUAAUUAUACUUAAAGGUCUCGAAUACUGUAGGUUUAAAACUGUCAGAAAAAGGCUAAGAAGAAAUAAGAAUAUCCUGCUUUAUUUUUGACUAAUGAGAUUCCACAUGACUUUAAUUUCCUUUAUAUAUUUCUGUAUCUCCAAAAUAUUUAAUAAUGUGUAUGCUUUCAUUUUAAAAGCAGAUGUUAGGGGAGGAGAGGCAGCUCGGCAGUUAAGUGCAUGUACUGCUCUUGCGGAGGGCUAGGGUUCCCAAAACCCAUGUUGGGUGACUUUUUACUGCCUCAGGCCCCCCAUGGGCACCUGCAUUCACCUGCAGAUACCCCAAUACAA